AUGAACUCCAGUGAUGACCGUAAAGUCAUGGCGGCCAUAAUCGACGCAUCCUUCGAUUCUCUCUUUGCUAUUGACUUGAAUGGCUGCAUUCAAUUCGCAAACCAAACGGCUGCACAGGUCUUUGGCUACGAAAAGGAAGAGUUGAUCGGCAGUAACAUCUCUUGCAUUGUCGGGGGUGGCCAUGCUGCUUCUCAUGAUGGAUACCUCCAAAAGUACAAGGAAACAGGGGUCACCAACUUGAUGGGAUCAAUGCGAGAAGUACAAGCAAGGCGCAAAGAUGGAACAGAGUUUCCAGUGAAGCUGGGCAUCAAGAGAGUGUAUCGACAAAACAACGACUUGCUUGUGGCUUUCAUUCGGGAUAUCACUGAGCAGAAGAAAGCUGAGGCACUGCAAUCCAAAGUACAAGAAGACCAAAAAGUGAGGGCUGCCAUCUUGGAUGCUUCCUUUGAUGCCAUGUUUGCCAUUAAUCUGGAGGGCAAGAUUGAGCUGGUGAACCUGGCUGCUAUCAAGCAGUUUGGAUAUGAUAGCCAAGAAGGCCUUGUUGGCAACAACAUUGACAUGAUUGUUGGUGGGGGGCAUGCCAGAUCUCAUAAUCAGUACCUGAAAAAGUACAAGGACACAGGCGUUGAAAGGCUGAUGGGAACCCUCAGAGAGGUCAAGGGCAAACGCAAGGAUGGAUCUGAGUUCCCUUGCAUCAUUGGAAUCAAGAGAGUUGACAGGAAUGGCAGUAGUGAUAAUCCUCUCAUGGUGGCCUUCAUUCGGGAUAUCACCAAGCAGAAGGAAGCAGAUGCACUCCAGUUGAGAGUCCAGGAAGACAAAAGCCAAGAAGACCUUGUUGGCAACAACAUUGACAUGAUUGUUGGCGGGGGACACGCUACAAACCACGAUAAAUAUUUGAAGAACUAUCAUCAAACUGGGGAAAAUCGUUUUGUUGGCUCCAUGAGAGAAGUGAAGGGCCGGCGGAAAGAUGGAUCAGAGUUCCCCUGUGUCAUUGGCAUCAAGAGAGUGAAUCGAAUUGAUCAAGGGAAUCCGCUAAUGGUGGCAUUCAUUCGAGAUAUCACGCAACAGAAGGAAAUGGAGCAUCUACAGUUAGCCUUGCAAGAUGAGAGGGUUCGAUCGGCAAUCUUGGACACAUCCUUUGAUUCGCUGUUUGCAACCAGCCCCGAUGGAAUCAUCCACAUGGUGAACAGAGUGGCUGUGGACGUUCUUGGGUACAAAAAUGAAAACGAACUACUUGGCGAGGAUGUCAAGAACAUUGUCAUUGGUUGGAAAGGUCAACUGAAGCAUUAA